AUGGCUCACGGCACCGCUACUCAAGUUCCACAAAUCCUCAUGGGACCUGCUCCUACAGUUCGGAAGCAGAACUCGUCUUGUGACCCCUGUCGCCGUUCGAAAAGACGAUGUGCCUUCCCGGAUGGUGUCAAACCUGGGUCACCAAAUAGCUGCCUGAAUUGUCUCCAUCUCGGGCACAACUGCACGUUCGAUUUUGUCAAUUCCCGACUCAACCAGAGGAAGAACAAGGCGAAGCAACCAGCCUCGUAUGUACAGGAACAACCUAUCGCCCCAGCUAUCCCGAGAUCUGAGAAGCAGGUUGUUGUCCCUUUGUGCGCGGACCCGGAGCCCGUGGACUCCACUCGAAGAACCACGCAAAAUGCCCUCUGGGGUGGGAUUCCCUAUACCGGGUUCCUUGAUGUCGAUAUGUUCAUGGGAAAUCUGGUAUCGGAAUGGACCAACCUGGACCGCCAGGUGUUUACCACCGAGGCUCCGGCCACUGAACACUAUCAAAGCAGUAGCACAUCUUCCUCAACCACCCACAGCUCGGGCAGCCAUUACCAGACACCACCUAGAUCGCUCAGUGAUUUGUUUGCCCGAAAAAAUUCGACGCUUGGGCUUUGGAGGGGCAGCCCAAUUCAUUUGCUCAACUCCAGUGUCGAGACUCAGCGAAUAAAUCAAAGUCUCGGUGAGGUCUACAAUUCCAUGAUGUCCGGGAUCGCCAUAAGAUAUCUUGAUUACAACUGUAAUCUCUUCGCUGGUUCCUACAAGUAUUCGUUUGAUCCUGAUCAGUCAAAUCCGUCAAGCUUGGAUAUUAACAGUGGCCAAUCUGUGGGCAACAUGUUUACGCCCUCUUGGAAGAACGCCUCGGUAGACACUAACGGCUCCCAGAUCCACGCUAAUAUGGCACCGGAAAGACUGGCGAGUCAGAUUAACAAGGUCACAAUGAUUGGGGUAGCGCGAUUCUUGGACAACUUUGGCCCUCUGUACGGCAAUGCCAUUGAUCAGAAAACACGCAAUCAGAAUGAGCGCACAUUGAUCGCUGUGCUGCAGGCGUUCGCUCUCCAGUUCGCACCGUCCAAGCGGGCGGAUGGUCCAUUGGCCCAGCUUUUUGAAAACCCGCCGGAUGUCAGUCAGUGCUCGGGACCAGACUCUGGGCCGGGAGAUCGGAGUACCAAUAGUACACACGUUUUCACUGCGGCCUGGUUCAAUGCACAUUCUCAUCUGGUUUCCUCGAGAGACAACCGAUCAUUUGUCAAACUUUAUUCAGUCUUCCUCUUUCUAAUGACGAGUGUUCCUCCAGAAGCGGCGUCUAUAUCCUGUUAUGGAGACACUCCGCUGGGCCUAUUGGACGAUGCUCUGCGCAAGAUGGAAGAGCUACAGGGUCUCGUGGAAGACUACUGUGUGCACUUGGGACGUCAGUCAAUUUAUCGCUUCCUCCUUCAGGCUUCUGUUGGCAUUAUCCGCUGGUAUGGCUAUCUGCGCGACACGAUUGAUUCAGUACUUCAUGAGCGACCUUGUAUGUUGGAAGACGCACCUCCAAGGUCAAACGGUAUGCAACACGACGGACUUGUAUUAUAA